GUUUUUCGGCCCUAUCGUUAUUCAGUUUCUCAAUCAAACAAUGAUCUCGAAUAAAAUACCUAAAGGGUGAUGGAAAUGUUUAGACAGUGCGUCUUUUUCUGGAAAUGAAAAAGGGUGAAUCGAUUUCGUCGAUUCACCGUAAAGGAGUCGUUCAGAAAAGUCUCAGUGGGGAAUCGCUGAUUCUUUCUGCAGAUUCACUCCACAUUGUCGGCCGUGCUGCUCCCCUGAUGAGCCGCAAACUAAAGCUGGGGCUGAGCAGCUGUAUGAACCGGGAGGAGGCUCCUUCUGUCCCGGGUUAGAAACGGCUUAUAAACGGGGGACGUUUUUUACACCGCGGUUAUAGUGGAUUACGGAUGAAAAGCUGUGGGCAUCACACACAGUCUCUGGAAGGAAAGGACUCUCUGAAGAUUGCGCCAUAAAUGUAUCAAGAACUUGGAGCCCAGUAUGAAAAAGGCGAGCAGGCCCACAGGUGCCUCCAGCAAAACCACCACAGCCACUAAACCCACAGGCAAAACUGAGCCCAGUGGCAGUAUGGGCACCGGAGGAAAGAGCACCACCAAGAACCAGAACUCGGCCCUUCUGUCCAAGACAAAGAGCAACGAUGACCUUGCAGCCAUGAGUGCGGGAAGUGGAGGAGCCUCAGUGGGUAGCGGCAGCAGCGCUACAACGAGGAGCAAGAGGAGCGCCAGCUCUGCUCAGAGCAACAACGAGACAAAGACCAAGGCCAACUCAGGCUCCUCAGGAAGACGCGGGAUGUCUUCUGCAGUAAAGGAACCUGGAGUGACCCGUGAGAAAACCAACGCUGCCAAGAAGCAAUCUGGGCCCUCUAACUCUGUGGCUUCGAAGCGUUCUCGCUGUCGCACGUCAACUGAAUCUGAAACCCAGUCGAGCAAAUUGCGCUAUGAUAUCAGCAACAAAGCAAUACUGGAGUCAAGAGUAAAGGACUUGCUGGGCUUGGCAAAAAGCAAAGACCUUGAGAUCCUGCACUUGCGGUCUGAGUUACGUGGGAUGAGGGCUCAACUGGGUUUGGAGGACCAGGAACUGCCUGAACAAGAAGAGCAGUGUGAGGCUGAGCUGCCACAAGAGAAGGAAACUGUAUCUGGGAUAAGCGCUGCUGAUGUGGAGUCGACGCUUCUGUUACUGCAGGACCAGAACCAGGGCAUUCGUGGGGAGCUUAACUUGCUGAAGAGUGAGAAUCGAAUGUUAAAGGACCGACUAAAUGCGCUUGGAUUCUCACUGGAGCAGCGCCUGGACAGUCCUGAGAAAGGACUUCGCUGUGCCUCUCUCAGUCCUGAACCGACAACCAGUGGUGGGGGCAGCAGCAGUGGUGGGGAUGCAGGUACUCGAACCUCCUCAACUGAAGGUUCUGCCAGGGGUUCAACUGAAGACCUGCUGUCAGAGGCACGGCGAGUGGGGUCUCCAGAUGUUCCGGACAGCGAGUGCAGUGAACCUUGCCAAGCCGUGAUGUCUAGUGAUGAUGCCCUGGAUGCACCAUCUGGUUGCGGUUCCUCGUCUGAGUCAGAAGGUGGCUCACCAGGCCGAAGGCGCUCACGCCGGGGAAGUAGUGGCACUGCUAGUGAGGUCUCUGUGGCCUGCCUGACUGAGCGCAUUCACCAGAUGGAGGAGAGCCAACACAGCACAGCAGAGGAGUUACAGGCAACGCUACAGGAGCUCGCAGACCUUCAGCAGAUUGCACAGGAGUUGAGCGCAGAGAACGAACGCCUGGGUGAGGAGCGCGCCAUCUUGGUGGACUCGCUGCGGCAGCAAGGUGAUCGGCUGGAACUCUAUAGCCGACAGCUGGACUACUUGCGUGGCUUGCUGGAUGAGCAUCGUGUAGCUUACGCCAAAGAUGAUGAGGAUGCCAAGAGCAGUCGCUUCAUGGAGCUGGAGAGGCGCUACACUGAAUUAAACGAAAACUCGCGCCUUGAGAGGGAGCAGCUUCUUGGUGUCCAGCAGCAGCUGAGCAGUGCACUGAAAAUGGCCGAGCAGGAGAAUGCUGAGGCACAGAGCCUUAUGGGAGCCCUGAAGGAGCGUGUGCACCUGGCUGAGAGGGCUGCCGAGCUGGAGCGAAGAGAACGUGAGGCUACUGCUGUUGACCUUGAUGCCAUGAGGAUGCAGUCCGAGGACGAGCAGGCUGAACUGGUCCGCUGUCGCCUCCAACUGGAGCAGGAGAGGCAGAGAGUGGCCCAACUCCUCUCCAUCCAGGGUGGUGGGGACAUGACUGACAUACGCCACCUGCUGGACAGUGAGAGAUUAGACAAAGAGAGAGCUGAAACCAAAGCAGCAGAGCUGCAGGAGGAACUGGGGCACACCCGCAAUGAGGCUGCUCAGCUUCAGGAUGCAAUUCGAAAGCUGGAAGCAGAUUUCCAGUCAUUCCGGGAUGAGGUGCAGAAACAGCUAGCCGAGCAGAAGCGUGCUCUGGCUCAGCAGUGCUCAGAGCUGGAGGAGAAGGACACAGAGAUUGCUGACAUGAAGGAAACCAUCUUUGAGCUCGAGGAUGAAGUGGAGCAGCAUCGAGCCGUCAAACUCCACGACAACCUCAUCAUCUCAGACCUGGAGAAUUCGAUUAAAAAACUUCAUGACCAGAAAUAUGACAUGGAAAAGGAGAUUAAAACCCUUCACCGCAAACUGCGGGAAGAGUCUGCAGAGUGGAGACAGUUCCAGGCUGAUCUCCAAACUGCUGUAGUCAUUGCCAAUGACAUCAAAUCAGAGGCUCAGGAGGAGAUCGGGGACUUGCGGCGCCGCCUUCAAGAGGCCCAGGAGAAGAAUGAAAAGAUGAGCAAAGAGCUGGAUGAGCUCAAGAGCAGGAAGCAGGAUGAGGAACGUGGGCGUGUCUAUAACUACAUGAACGCUGUAGAGAGAGAUCUGGCUGCACUGAGACAGGGGAUGGGGCUUAGCCGUCGAUCCUCCACCUCAUCAGAGCCCUCACCCACCGUCAAAACCCUCAUCAAGAGCUUUGACAGUGCAUCCCAAGGCCCUAUUCCUGGCACUCCAGCAUCCGCUGUUCCAGCUGUAGUCGCCGCUGCUAUUUCUCGAACCCCUCUCAGCCCAAGUCCACUGAAAACCCCUCCAGCUGCUGCCGUGUCCCCCAUUCAGAGACACACGAUCAGCACUCCCAAAACCCUCUCCUCGCUGGUGGAUAAGAGAGGUAGCUAUCCGGAGCUAAGUAUGCCGGUUUCUCGCAGAAGCAGUGAGGAACUAAAGAGGGACCUGUCAGUCACUGAUUCACCAAACCCCGCCUCAAUCAUCACAUUAGGCUCUGCCUCCCCUCAGCUCACCCUGUCCUCAAACUCCUCCUCCCCCACAGCUUCGGUCACGCCCACUACACGCGGCCGUCUACGAGAGGAGAGGAAGGACCCGCUCGCUGCUCUGGCCAGAGAAUACGGAGGAUCAAAAAGAAACGCUCUCCUCAGGUGGUGUCAAAAGAAAACAGAAGGCUAUCAGAAUAUAGACAUCACUAAUUUUAGCAGCAGUUGGAACGAUGGUCUGGCUUUCUGUGCGGUGCUGCACACGUACCUGCCAGCUCACAUCCCAUACCAGGAGCUCAGCAGCCAGGACAAGAGAAGAAAUUUUACGUUGGCCUUCCAGGCAGCAGAAAGUGUGGGGAUCAAAUCUACACUUGACAUAAGUGAGAUGGUCCACACAGAGAGACCUGAUUGGCAGAGUGUGAUGACGUACGUCACCUCCAUCUAUAAAUAUUUUGAGACCUGACUGUCGGACCAGUUCUCUCACUCUUGAGUCCAUGUGCUAAAGUGCUAUGUUACAUAGACAAUUAGUCACACUCAAGCUGGAGGACUCCUUUCACAGUCACAGCUAUGCAGGUCUACUCGUUAAGUCACUCGUUAUAAGCUACUAUUCCUCUUUAAUCAGGCAGCAUUGUGCAGCUUCUUUAAUUAAUGGCAGGCCAUAACUAUAAAACUGUUAUUAUAAUUAUUAUAAUAAUAAUAAUAAUAAUACUCAUAAUGUGUGCUGGUUAAAUGCCUAAUAGCUGAGUGGUAUUUUAACGAGUCGCUCACUUUCUAUGUCACAGCUUGUGUGUGUUAAUGUGAAAGGGUUUCAGGUGAGUAGAACUGAAAAGACUGAAACUCAGAGCUUUUAUGCUUUUAUUCAAACUCCACUGUAGAUCACUCGCUCACUUGGUGCCUAAGAAGUGCUGAAUGCAUUAUUAUGGAGAUGAAAAGGCCAAGUUCUCCAGCACGUUCCUCUUAGGACUGCUUUUAAAAGCACAUGAUAGGAUUGUAUGCUGAGGUAAAAUGUGAAUUUUUCUCCACAUGCGCAGAAGGUUUCUAAGCUCAAAUACCAGCUAGCUCUGAUGUUGUCACUGCACUGCGUUAAAUACUGUAUUAUAAAGAAACGUUUCUAACCAAAUUGUUUUGCCGUAUGAAAUAUCUUUGAACUAAUUGAGAGAUUUAUUGCCUUUAACACCCACACAUAGUUUUUUUUUUUUUUUUAUAUUAAAGAAUUUGAAGUGCAUAUAUUUUUAUUUUCUCCUGACAUUUCAGUUAUCUAAACUAAAUAAAAAGGCACAAUCGAUACUUUAUUCCAGAAGAGAGUGCCUUGAGUGAAAACUGUUGUGUGUCGUCGUCCCCCCCCCCAAAAGCUGCUGUCAUGUUAAAAUGUCUUGUCGUCUUCACAACAAAUCCUCUUACAGGAUCAGCUGCUGUUUAGACCAUCGUUAAUUUGGCCAGUUUAACAGCUGCUGAAAACAUUUACGUAAAAUAAAAUAUAUUUAUUUUAUUUCAUCAAAUCUGUUCAUAUUCAAAAAGUCACGUUUGCCAAGAUUUCACAGAUGUUUAUGUCAGAAUUUUAAUUUCUUGAUAAGGAUGUUGUUUAGAUCGUGUUGUAUAAUUUUUUUAUUUUUUUAAAACUCUGUUCUCUCGUCCUUUCGAACCAAGGAGCUUCUGCUAAGUAUCGGCGUCAACCGAGGUUUCCUCUUCAUUUCAAUGAUUCGUUUAAUAAUGUUGUGGAUAUUUUUAUUUGCUUUGUCAUCAAUAUCAUUUACGGGAUUUCUGUGUGAAGUUCUUGUGUUUUUUUUUUUUUUUUUUUUUUUUUUUUAAACAUUCCUGGAUGUCUGAGUCUAAUACCAAUAAAUCAUUACUCUGA